ACUACCAAAAACCAGACAGCUGGCUCCAGUCUCUUCUGAUCAGCGCCAUGGACAAGACCCUUAGUGACCAUCUGCUGAACACCCUGGAGGAACUGGUGCCCUAUGACUUUGAGAAGUUCAAGUUCAAGCUGCAGAAUACCAACUUGGAGAAGGAGCACUCCCGGAUCCCCCGGGGCCAUCUUCAGAUGGCCAGGCCAGUGAAGCUGGCCAACCUAUUGAUCAUCCAUUACGGGGAGAAACACGCUGUACAACUGACCCUGAAGGUUCUGCGUGCCAUCAACCAGCGCCUCCUGGCAGAAGAGCUGCACAAGGCCACUGGCCAGGAAUAUCCAGCACAAGACAGUGGCACCGACACAUCCACAGUGUCUUCUCCUGGAGAAAAUAAGCUCAAGAGCCAGAAGGAACCAGAUGGCCCAGAAGGUGAUGGGCAGCAGCAAAAUGGUGGGGGGGCAGCCAGCCUGCCGUCCAGCCAGCAUGAGGCAGGGAGGGGGCCCCAGAAGAAGUCUCAGAGCAAACGGAGGGAUCAGAAGGGCCCUGAGAUCCUGGACGUGCAGGGAAAACUUCUGGCCAGGAGCACAGGGCUGCCCUCCAAAAGAAGCCUGGCCCUUGCCCAGCUGCCAGGGGAAAAGGAGAUUAGGAAGAGUGCCCAGCUCCGCAGGAAUGCCAGCUCUGCAGGAAGACUCCAGGGGUUAUCCAGCGGGGCUCCAGGAAGGAAAGAAUCCAAGAAAUCUGAAGUAUAUCUACAUUCAGUGAAGCCGCGACCCAGAAGUUUUGAAUUUAUCAUUCCUUCAGAAGACAGAGAAUCCUCAAAUGCAGAAACUAUUCUGACUUCUCUUGAGAAAAUGAAAAACGCAAAACCAGACUCAGCAGCCAGCCCCAGCGGAAGAGUCAUUCUGGAUGGAGAGGCUACUAUGGCUCUGGAGAAGGGCUCCACAAACCCAGAGCAUUCCAGAGUCCUAGAAGAGAAAACAGUCAUGAACACACUAUGCAAUGCAUUAUUGGCAGGAGAGGAGAAAUCCAUAUCACCUUGGGAGGAGCAUGGAGUUGGAGGACCAGCAACCCAUGAGACCCUGGAGAAGAUGAAAGACCGUGUGUUCCAUGAGUCCUCAAAUCCAGAAGUACCUUCGUCUUCAGGGAGGCCACAGGACAAGGCUGCAUUUCCCCUUUGCCACACACCAAAAGGAGAUCUGCUUGCUGGUACCUGUGUGCUGGAUUCCUGCAGCUGCCCAGUUGCUUCAGGGGAGCCUAAGACCCCUAGAAGUCACUUGCCUAGCUGCCAGCAGUGCCAGGCCUCACUCAACAAGAACAGCUCUGGAGGCCUGAGCCCUGAGCCCCUGCCACAGUGCCAGCGCCACAUGAAGCAGGUGCAGCUGCUCUUCUGUGAGGAUCACAGGGAGCCCAUCUGCCUCAUCUGCAGGCUGAGUCAGGAGCACCAAGGUCACCGGGUACGCCCCAUUGAGGAGGCUGCCUUGGAAUACAGGGAGAAAAUUCAGAAGCAGCUGGAGCAUCUGAAGGAGCUGAGGAAAUCUGGAGAGGAGCAGAGAUCCCAGGGGGAUAAGAAGACAGAGAGCCUCCUGAAACAAACUGAAACCCAGAAGCAGAGGAUCCGGUGCCAAAUGAAGCAGCUGUGCCAGUUUCUGGAGCAGCAGGAGCAGCUAUUUGUGACCUGGACGGAGGAGCUGGGCCAGACCAUUGGCCAGGUCAGAGAGACCUUUGGCACUCGGGUGUCCCAGCACAUCUCCCGCCUCGAUGAGCUGAUUGGGGAGUUGGAAGCCAAGCAAAGCCAGUCAGAAUGGGAGAUCAUGCAAGACAUCGGAGUCACCUUGCACAGGGCCAAGAUGAUGACUGUCCCUGAGCCAUGGGCUGCUCCUCCAGAAGUGAAAGAAAAGAUACAACUGCUCUAUCAGAAAGCAGAGUUUAUGGAGAGGAGCACACGGUACUUCAUAGAAACACUGCGAUCAGAAAUGGAAAUGUUCGAUGUUACAGAACUGAUGGCUGCUCAGGCACAUGCUGCUAGUGUAAUCCUGGAUCCAGCAACUGCCCACCCCAACCUUGUCUUCUCUGAUGACAUGAAAAGUGUGAGACUUGGAAACAAAGAUGAGCGGCAAUCUGACAGCCCAGAAAGAUUCGAUAACUGCAUCACCCUGGGUUCUCCCAGUUUCUUCUCUGGCUGCCAUUACUGGGAGGUGGAGGUUGGAGAUAAGACAGCAUGGAUCCUGGGAGUGUGCGAGGCAUCCGUGUGCAGGAAGGGAAGCAUGACUCUGUCACCAGAGAAUGGCUACUGGGUAGUGAUGAUGAAGCAAAAUGAGUACCUGGCCUCUACCUGUCCUCCAACCCGUCUGCAACUGAGAAAGCCCCCCAGACGUGUGGGCAUCUUCCUGGACUGGAAGAAGGGAGAUAUUUCUUUUUAUAAUGUAACAGCUAGAUCGCACAUCUACAUAUUUACUGGUUUCUCUUCCUCUGGACCCCUUCAACCUAUCUUCUGCCCUGGGAAACAUGAUGGAGGGAAGAAUAUGGGUCCUCUGACUAUCUGCCCAGUGAGUGGCCAGGGGCCCCACUGACUGCCCAACACUGCAUUUCAAUUCCAGCUCUUUGCCUGUGUUUGCACUCAUGCACUCAAUAGUCACUAAUGAUAUACCCACUGGGUGCCAGUUACUGCAGGGAAUGUAAUGAAUUUUAAAAAAUAGUCCUCUUGUCCAAGUUGCUUGCCAAAUCACAGCAGAACUAAACUAGGAAUGCAAAUACUGGCAAAUCAAGGAUGAAGAUAUCAAAGUACCAAUGAUGUACAGAGGGUAUCAGAGAAGAAAGUACAUGGCCAUUGUAUGUUAAGUCCUUGGAUGAAUUUGCACUCUAAUAUUCUUCUCUCCUUUUCCUCCUCAUGGCAAGGAUAUGUCCCUCUUUCAGUCUUCCCCUGUCUUGAGAACAUAGAAAACCAAGCAGACUGGAUUGUUACAAAAGUACAUGUGUACCUGGGUUAAUGAACUAUGUAUGAUUCUUAAAAGAGUAUUGAGUGGACCUAAUAAAUUAAUUAGAUCAUAAUUGCAUCUGAUACUCAGAUGAUCACAGUGGGGUCCCAUUCCCCUACUGCUUACCAUAAAAGAGAUGAUGCUGUUACAGUAGAAAAACACUUAAUACAUAUUCCAAGUGCUAAAUUAUUCUGACUGGUUUCUAUCAGAAAAUCUGUGAGCUUAUGUAAUAGUAGAUGUUCUGGUUACAUAUGUCCCCCAACUCACCCCCCCAUUUAGAGAGAUGUAAAGAAAAAGGAUUAAUAAGAAAAAUGGUGGCUCACACUUGUAGAACCAGCUUUUGGAAAACUAAGGCAGGAGGAUCACUUGAGCCCAGGAGUUCGAGGCCUGGCUGCUAACAAUUUGACCUUGUCUUAAAAUAAAUAAAUAUUUUUUCUUUUUAAAAAUUUGUUUAAAUAAAUAGUUUUAAAAGAAGAAAAACUCAAAUGAAGAUCAAACUUCAAACUCCUCUUAUCUCAACUCCUCUAUCUUCACCCUUACAGUCUAGACUGGACCCACAGGUUCUCCAUCAUUAGGACCCCAGCCUGCAAGCACACCCUCUACUUUCCGCGUGGAGUUUAUUCCACCUAUGGAAUCCACGUGCCCACACAGCUCACGAGCACUGUGCUGUUCCCCAUGAUUGAUAUAAUUUGUCACUGUUUCUUUCACUUAGGAUAGCAUUUUCAACAUCCAUCCUUUUGUAACAUGUAUCAGUGCUUUAUUCCUCUUUAUUGACAAAUUAAAAUCCGCUAUAUGUAUGUACCACAUUUGGGUCAUUCCCACUCUUCAGCUAUGAUAUAAAUUAUGCUGGUAUUUGUUUACAUUUUUGUGUGGACACAUGUGUUCAUUUCUCUUGAAUUUAUAUUGAUAUUGACAGAUGAAACUGCUUGUUCUGCCAAAGUGUUUUCCAAACCUCUGGACCAUUUUACAUACCUGCCAUGUAUGUAACAUACAUAUGAUGCAACAUACAUAAUCUACAGGCUGUGAAAUAAAACAGACCCCAUUAUAAACAUUGUUUUCUUUU